AUGCUUCAACGUACCAAGUAUAACCGCUUCAGGAAUGAUUCUGUGACAUCUGUUGAUGAUAUUAUUCACAAUUUGCCCAUGAACAGCAAGGUCUCAGCAGUUGCUACAACUUCAGCUUCACCUUCGUACCUGGUCUCACCAGAGGCUCUCCGCAAGGACCAAGAAGAUGGACCCACCACCCUGUGUACCCUCAUCCAUAAAGUGUCCCACUUGAAACUCUCUAGCACGGGCAGCCUUUUGGGUAUCAAAAACCUCUCCUCUGCAGUAAAGGAGCUUGCUGUCUCCAAAUUGCAGGGAAGCUCGAGUGCUUCUAGUUCAGCAGCAGGGGCUUCAGACAACAUAUGUAACCUUGUCUCUGCCACUUCGUGUUCUCAGCAGGACGUGAGCAAGAUGAGUAUGGGGAAAAAAGCACGGUCAGAGGAAAUGCACCUGGGAAGUGAAGACUGGAAUCAAACUAGCAGUUUUGUCAAUAAAUCCUCUCGAGGAUGGCUGCACUCGAGUGAGAAGAUCCUGGGACCUGGUGUGACGUACAUUGUGAAGUAUUUGGGCUGCAUAGAAGUCUUACGGUCAAUGAGAUCUCUUGACUUCAGUACUAGAAUGCAGGUUGCAAGGGAAGCAAUCAGUCGUGUUUGUGAAGCCAUGCCUGGUGCCAAAAGAGCCUUCAAGAAACGAAAGCCACCAAGCAAAGUCCUUUCUAGCAUCUUGGGAAAGAGCAAUCUUCAGUUUGCAGGAAUGAGCAUAAUGUUGAAUAUCUCCACCAGCAGCUUAAAUCUAAUGAAUCCAGAUACAAAACAGAUCAUAGCAAAUCACCAUAUGCAAUCUAUCUCCUUUGCGUCUGGAGGUGAUCCGGAUACUUCAGACUAUAUUGCAUAUGUAGCUAAGGAUCCUGUUAAUCGUAGAGCUUGUCAUAUACUGGAAUGCUGUGAUGGCCUUGCCCAGGAUGUCAUCAGCACCAUAGGGCAAGCAUUCGAGCUUCGAUUUAAGCAGUACUUGCAAUGCCCCUCUAAGGCACCUACUUUAUCUGAUAGGAUGCAGAGUUUUGAGGACCCAUGGACAGAGGAAGAUAACGAGGCAACAGAGCAUCCCUAUUACAACGACAUCCCAAAUAAAAUACCUCCCCCUGGCGGAUUCCUUGAUGCCAGGCUCAAAACAAGGCUUCUCACUGCUGCAGACACAGCUCAGUCUGCAUCAAGAAUUGGAGGAGAACAAAUUUAUUAUCAGAGCCAUCACUUAGGAGAAAAAUUCAGUGAAGAAUGGCAUCACGGGCCUGUUAAACAAGGAUCUCUGGAUAUUUGUAGUAUGUCAGAAGAGAAAUCAGAAGUAGCACCAACAGGAGAUCUGCCAAUAUAUGUAAACACCCAGCAUAUAAAUAGAGAAGAUCUAUUGGCACUUCAGGCAGAUGCUGAAAGUACCUUCAGUGGAACAGUAGAGGAUGCUGAAGCAAACAGCCCAGGAAUGGAUCUGUUUGACAUGAAACCAUUUGAAGAUGCUCUUAAGAAUCAAACAUCUGAGGCUAUGUUGAAGAAAUCCACCUCCACGGGAUGCACCAGUCCUCCUUUAUCUAGAGUAGCUGUCCAGACUGAAGCUGAAGAGCUGAGUGCAGAGCCAUGGUAUCAAGGAGAGAUGAGCAGGAAAGAAGCAGAACAGCUAUUAAAGAAAUGUGGAGAUUUCCUUGUGAGGAAGAGUACCACGAAUCCUGGCUCCUAUGUGCUGACAGGCAUGCACAAAGGACAAGCCAAGCAUCUUCUUUUGGUGGACCCAGAAGGAACUGUUCGUACAAAAGAUCAUGUCUUUGACAGCAUAAGUCAUCUCAUCAACUAUCACCUUGAGAAUAAUCUACCUAUAGUUUCUUCAGUGAGUGAACUCUGCCUGCAACAGCCUGCUGAAAGAAAACACUGA